AGAUUUUAAGGCUGGUAACUACAGCGUGAGUGUGUGACGUUUGUAAACUUGCAACGAAGAAGUGUUAUCGAUUUUAUUUGUAGAAUUAAUUUACAAACACUUGUCGGAGUAUACCACAGAACACUAUUACUUCUAGCGAAGAGUAUACUGUCGCUUCACAUUAGAAGCGUACGUGAAUUAUGUGAUGACGAUAACAUCCUCAUAAAUAACAUUCGAAUAGCUAUCCCAUUCGACGGUAAAUAACCGGAGAAAAAAUUACGGUUGCGCUAAUAAAAAAAUUGCUCUGGAACUAAAAUUUAAAUUAAAUAGUAAAAUGUUUCAAUUAUUAUUUUGUGUUUUUGCCACGGCUGCGGUUUAUAAUGUUAACGCGUACGAGGUGGACAUGUACGAAUUUUUAAUGCCAAAUGUAUGGCCGCACUCGGACGAAUUGUACCUCUGCACACCAAUCAGGAUCAGUCCUCGUAACAGAUUUAACAUAGUCGGCUUUCAACCCAAUGCCAGCAUGCACACCGCUCACCACAUGCUCCUGUAUGGAUGUUCUGAACCCGGAUCUAAUGACUCUGUUUGGAAUUGCGGUGAAAUGCAAAGAAAUGUUAUCGACGAAAUAUACAGCACGGCUAGUCCUUGCCGCUCCGGAUCACAAAUAGUGUACGCUUGGGCACGAGACGCUCCAAGCUUGCAUCUUCCAAAAGACGUCGGCUUCCUCGUUGGACAAGGGUCGCCUAUAAAAUACCUGGUUCUCCAAGUUCAUUACAUGCAUCGAUUCCCUAAGGGCCACACGGACAAUUCAGGUGUAUUCUUGAAGUACACUAAAGCACAUAUGCCCCGUCAAGCCGGCGUAAUACUCCUCGGCACCAGCGGUAUAAUAAUGCCCAACAUGGUGGAACACAUGGAGACGGCCUGCACCAUGACUGAAGACAAGACGAUCCACCCGUUCGCUUUCCGUACUCACACGCAUUCGCUUGGCACCCUCGUGAGCGGCUACGUCGUCCACCGGAAUAAGGACGGAGACGAAUGGACAUUGCUCGGCAAGAAGAACCCUCAGCUGCCCCAGAUGUUCUAUCCGACAGAAAACCGAGAUCCGAUCAAGAAAAAUGAUGUACUGGCUGCUCGAUGCACCAUGAAUAAUAGCCACGAAUACGUUGUCAAGAUCGGUGCCACAAAUCAAGACGAAAUGUGCAACUUCUACCUGAUGUAUUGGGUUGAAAAUGACACGCCAUUGAAACAGAAGUACUGCUUCACGGCCGGCCCUCCAAACUACUAUUGGAGCGAAGCCCACGAGAACUUCAACUGGAUCCCGGAUCUUGAAGCGAGCACUCCUUAACUCUGAAAGGUACUUCAUACUACAACUGGCUUCAUAAUGUUACACCGCGAUCGUCAGCAUCCAAAUGUUGAAAUACAAUCAAUUAAUCUAGACUAUUUACUAUUUUAAAUCCAAAAAAAAUCUUGUAUAGAAAAUUUCGGACUAUAUAGGGUGUUCUAAAUCGAUUCCAUUAAAUUUUAGUUUAGUAAUGUUAUUAAUGUUCGUCCGUUUCGUAACCACGUGUACUCGACUCUCUUCUGUAAUCAUUAUCACCUUCACGUCAAGCCGUUUCGGUUUGAUAGAUACAGGUCUUCAAGUAUCACAGAAAGACACGAAAUUAAUAUUGAGAAAAAUAUUUCGAAGAAAAACUUUGGAAAUGUAAAUUUUUUUCAAGGUGGGUGGCGCAUCUAUGUUAUAGAUGUCUGUGGGCUCCAGUAACCACUUAACACCAGGUGGGCUGUGAGCUAGUCCACGCAUCUAAGUAAUAAAAAAAAAUUGUAUUCAUAUUAUUUAGUAAGCAUUAUUCCUUAAAGAACCUGUUAUAUUUUGUGUCUCAAAUUACUGAUAAACUAUUUAUGUAUGUACGUAUUUGUAUAUUAAACAAAAGAUGAUCUGUAGAAUGAAAUUCACAAGGAGCCAGAUAUAUCCGUUUUAUCGUAUCUUUGUGGGACAUCUCUUAACGAAGUCACUCGAGUUCUGACACUCGAUGAUCGUUUAGGAUAUUAUAUGCAAAAAAGUAUUUAAGUUAAAAAAAAAAAUUAAAUGGAUAUCCGACUAUUUGGUUCUGAAGUCGAUUUUCGUUCGACCAAUAUUAAUAUUUUGUGAUAUAGGAGAUGUUAAAAGAAAUCAAUGAAUUAUAUUGAUAAUAUUUUUCGAAAUUAGUAUAUAACAAUUUUCAAAUAAGAAAUAUUAAGGUUUAAUUUGUAUUUUUGAUCUUUGUCACUCUCAAUAAUUCACAACGUACCUUAUAUUAUUAUUGAUUUUUUUUUCGAACGAUCUGAAAUAUAAUAACGUGACAUUCCAUGAAAUGCUUUAAUUUUAAUUAGUAAUUUUCAAAUGUUUUAUUGAUUUUGGCAAGACUUUUUUAAAUUAUAAAAAAAUACUAUAUAUUGAGAUCAUUUUUAAAUUAAAAAAAAAUAGCGUUUCGUUUUUAGUUCUAAUAACUUGGCUUUAAAUAUAGUUUCGCAUCAGAGUGUAUUUAAUAAGAGAUUGUUUUUUUUUUUAAUAAAUCCACUAUAACACAAAUUUAAAGAUUUUGAAAGACAUAUUUUUAUUUAUUCAUUUAUUUAACAAACACAUAUUUUUAUGGCUGUAUUAGCAUAAUAAUUGAUAAGACAACUGCUUGGAGUAGACGUAUUUAAAAAAAAACGCAACGGACCUAAAUCAAGUGAACCCUCUGUAUGGAACAUUCCGUAAGAAUAUUAUAUAUAAAACAGUGUAUUAAAAGACAUCUUAUUCAAAAACAAUUUUACUUUAGUUAGUACUUGAGGUAGUGAGUAGUAUUAAUUGAGAAAAAUCUAUCCAAAUUAAGAAACCGGGUUUAUUUAAAAAAAAAACUACCAUGCAACUUACAAAUAAUGUAAGCAUUCAAAUUUUAAUAUUUUACAUAUAAUUAUACUAAACAAUUAUAAAGUCAAUUGUAAAAAAAAUAAACUUGGAUUAUUUAUUUAUUGUAAAAAUUAAAGGAAAUUAAAACAAUUUACAGAAUUUAAAUUUUAACACAAUGCCGUUUCAUCGGGGAAACGUAUCUAGUUAUUUUUAAGAAAAAAAAAAAAUACAUGUUUCUCGUACAAAAUAAAAUCAAAUUUUUAAUGAAUUCACAAGCGCUCUUAAAUCGCCAUGACUAUCAUCAAUUUGAAAUUCAUGUUUAUACGUCGCUUAGAAGAACCUAUAACAAAAUCAGGCUUAGUUCUUCCGAAAUAUUCACCGGUGGUAGGACCUCUUAUGAGUCCGCACGGGUAGGUACCACCACCCUUCCUGUUUCUGCCCGUGAAGCAGUAAUGCGUUUCGGUUUGAAGGGCGGGGCAGCCGUUGUAACUAUACUGAGACCUUAGAACCCAUAUCUCAAGGUGGGUGGCGACAUUUACGUUGCAGAUGUCUUAACACCAGAUGGGCUGUGAGCUCGUCCACCCAUCUAUGCAAUAAAUAAAUAAAAGCGUACCUAUAGAAAAGUUAAAAUAUUUAUUUCAGUUAGUACAUUUUAUAAGAGUGAUUUGAACUAGAAAAUAGGUUCGCAUUACCCAACAUCGACAAUAGAUCGAUACGUAUCUGUGCUGUAUGCAUAAUAUGAAACCCACACUCGGUUUUCGUCGCUAAACAAAGUCGAUGAUUAUACAAUAAUUAAACCAACAAACCUUCGUUGUUUAGGAAAUUUGAAUUUAAAACUGUUAAAGCUUAAGCUUAAGGAUAUUGUUGACAAAUUAUGACGCCGCUAAAGAGACGGGCUAUUAAUUUUUUGUGCUACAUUAAAUCGUUGAAAUAUUCAAAUAUUUACAUAUUUCAAAGCUUAUCCGCUUCAAAAUGAUAAUUCACAAAAUGAAUAUGAAUAAUAUACAAUGAGUAUUUUAUUUAAAAUAAAGAGCAGGGAGCUUGCAAGGUGUCCGCAAAAAAGCCGGUUAUUAUUUGUUGCUUUGUAUCACAAAAUCGAUCUAUUAAUCUAGAGCAAGCAUCAUUAUCGUUAUUACUGGUGGUAGGACCUCUUGUGAGUCCGCGCGAGUAGGUACCACCACCCUGCCUAUUUCUGCCGUGAAGCAGUAAUGCGUUUCGGUUUGAAGGGUGGGGCAGCCGUUGUAACUAUACUGAGAUCCUAGAACUUAUAUCUCAAGGUGGGUGGCGCAUUCACGUUGUAGAUGUCUAUGGGCUCCAGUAAUCACUUAACACCAGGUGGACGGUGAGCUCGUCCACCAAUCUAACCAAAAAAAAUAAUACUGUUUCUUCGAUACACACAAUGACCACAUAUUAAAAUCUUCCUGAUUAUUUUAAACACUAUAAUACUGUACGUAUUAUAAGGCAUAUGUUUCUAGUCAGACUAAACAUUUUAAAAUAAAUUGAAAUAUUUCCUUCUAUAAUACAUAAUAAGAAAAAUACUUAAAUAUUUAUCUUUGUAAAAUUUAUUAAUCGUUGUAUUGAAUAAUUGUCUGUGUAGUUAUGAAUUAUCUGUAUUUAGUAUUAAGAGAUAUAUUGUUCAGAGAUUUUGUAAACUUAAUAUGAUAUUGUGUUAAACUUUACUCAUUACAAGAUUUACCUACGAAAGCAAGUAUUUAUAUUAAAACGGGUAGCUGUUAUCUUCUGCAAAAUAAUAUGUAACAUAGGUUUUUUUUUACAUUUUAUGCUAUAUUUGAAAAAAAAAACACAAAAAUAUAGUGUAUGUAGAUUACUAUAGUAAUUUAUCUAAUACUAAACUAUAUAUCAUAUCUACUAACUAAUCUAUCUAUUGUAGUCUAUACUAAUAUUAUAAAGAGGAAAGAUUUGUUUGUUUGUUUGUUUCGAAUAGGCUCCGAAACUACUGGACCGAUUUGAAAAAUUCUUUUUCCAUUAGAAGCCGACAUUGUCCCUGAUGAACAUAGGCUACUUUUUUAUAUUUUUUUUAAUUUUUUUUUUUGGUUUCCUGUGUGUUUUAAUGUUUCCGAAGCGAAGCGAGGGCGGGUCGCUAGUAAGUAAAUAAAGUAAAAUACAAUAAGAGAUCAUGAAAUAAUCUUCCUCCUCUAAUCGUUCGCUCAUUGUUGAGCUUUUGAUCCUUCUUGUGAUCUAUAGUCCUUACGUAGGUCCGUAGCACAGUGAUGUGCGUCACUCAAUCUCCUAUCCAGAUGCUGGGACGCUUGAUGUCUCCAUUUUCCAGGCUCCGACCCUUGGAGCCCUGGACGCCCUGGUGACGCAUUUACGUUGUAGAUGUCUAUGGGCUCCAGUAACCACUUAACACCAGGUGGGCUGUGUGCUCGUCCACCCAUCUAAGCAAUAAAAAAAAAAAUUUUUUUUUUUUUUAAUGCGGAAUGAAACAAAUCGCAAGUAGUUUACAUUAUACCUAUCUCUCAAGUUUACAAAAUCUCAAUGAAUAAUUAUAUGCAUACAUAUAUAAAUAAAUUUAAACAUCUAUUUAAAUUGAUGACUCGGCGCGCAUUUUGGAUUUCGAUUUAUGUAAAUAAAUUAGUAUUAAAUACUAUUAUUAUACAUACUUUUUCAGAUGCUUUAUUUUUCUCUAUAACGUGUCCAACGUGGUUUUUAAAAGUACGACUCCAAUUAAGUGAGUGACUGUUUCACAAACAAAUUUUAGUAAUCAUUUUAGUUUACCUAGUGAGAAUACGGACUAAUAUGUUACGAUGGAUUGCGAUAUCCAGCCGUGAAAACUAUUGCUUAUGAAUUGAAUCUAUCAAUUAAAAAAAACGGAUACAUUCAUCUGCAUACCGUUAAUACAUAUUCAUAAUGUAAAGAUCGUUGCCAAGUACUACUACUGGCUUUAUCACCUUAACAAACAAAUAAAUAAAGACUAUGAAACUGAAGGAAUAGUAUUAAGUGAAACAGUCCCUUAAACUACUACAAAACUGUAAUUGAAUACAGUUUAUUGAUUAAAUUAAGCAUUUUUUUAAUUGAAUUCGCAUAAAUGCGUAACAUGCAUAUUUAAUAUAUUCAUAAAAUCAGAAAUAUCGUUUUAAAUACAAAAUAAUUGAUCCUUAUUGGCUUAGAAAAAUGUCUAGAAUUAUUAAUAAAAAUUCCUAUUAAAAUAAUAUUUAUAGAAUAUAUAUCUUUUCUAAACUUCUAUUUAUAUCUAGAUAUUAUUAAAUAAAAACAAACCAGUGAUUUUUUUCAAACCCUAUUAUUCUAAUGUUUGUCAUACAACCCAAAAAUACAGUGGACUGUAGAAACGAAGCAAUGUCAAAUAACUAACAAACAUUAUUACAAGAAUUGAGUUCUGCGCCAAAUGUAUGCUUGAUGUUAUUGCAUUCAAAUUUAUGAUAAUUCAAAUAUUGGGAGCUCAUCAAAAGUUUAUCCUAAAUUUCUAAUACAUUUAUUUAAAAUUUUGGCAAAAACAUGUUUUCUCCUUUUGACGAAACGCCUCAAAUGUGAGGCUACACCUUAAUAACAAUCUUUUAGACUGAUUUAAAAAUAAAAUCUCUUAAUCUACCGUUCUUUGAGUGUAGCUGGAAAAUCUAUAUUUCCUAAUAACUUACGAUUGUAAGAAAAACUAUGUAUGUUAAAUAGAUGUAUCAUAAUUAAAUUUUUCUUCCAUUUUAUUAAAUUCAUAUUGUUGUUUUACAUAUUUUAUCAUUGUAAUGUAUGGUAUUUUCAAAUAUUGGAAAGCCACUUACUGAAUUCAAAUCUGUUUCGAAAAGCAUCUCACUGUUUCUACUGCUAAAAACACAUACGUUAUAAUAAAUUAAGAUUUUAGUUAUAAUUUUAAGUAUAUCAAUUUACCUAUCAAUCAUUGCAAUCAACUUAAACUUAAUAAGUACUAAAAAUGUACUUAAAGAGAUAAUUUUAAUUUCUUAUUUUUGUAACACGUUUUAUUAUAGUAUAAUUAAUAUACCUAGCGAAAAUGUUAUACUGUAUUGUUAUAUUUAUAGAGUAUUUUUUACUAUCCAUUUUUUUAUUUUGCAGUUAUAACGCUGUGCUUUCAGAUCUGAACGUGUUUUUUAUAUGUAUCAGCAUAAUAUACUUAUGGUAUUUGAUGUAUUAAUAAAAUUCAUAUCUUUAUUGAAUGUUAUUAUGUGUAACCUCUAUAUAAGAUGUAGUAGGUUUCCGUAAAACCAAAUAUAUAUUUGUCAUGUAUGUGUGAAUAGUGCAUCGGAAAGAAAAAAUAAAAUAAAAAAAAACAUAUUUUA